GUUUGUUGCUUCUAACAAAUCCUUACCUUGCGGUGUAACAAACUUGAACGCUUCCUGAAUUGUCGAAGGCAACCCGGGAGUACGUCCAAUAACUCCGCCCUUGUCCUGAGUUGAACCACGUUCCGGAGUUGGAGCCCACGAUCCUGUACCGUCACAAGAGCAAUAAGCUCCUAUUAGGCCCCACUCCAGAUUCUGAAAGAAAAUGAAUAGAUCUCUUCAUCUCUCCGAAUCCUUUGUCAUCAGUUGUGGCACAGUUACCCUCGAUAUCGAUCAAUCUAAAGUCCUCGUCAUCUACUUGAGAAAAACAGGCGAAUAUUGCCUUCCAAAGGGGAGAAAAGAUGUGGGGGAACAGCUUGAAGUAACAGCCGUUCGCGAGACGUACGAAGAAACAGGAUACAUCGUUGAGCUACUACCCCUUCAGUUGACCACCCUUGCUACCCUCCAUGGGAAUGAUAAUGUCCGAUCUGCGAUACCUGGAGGGACAACGGAACCCGUCGCUGUGACGCAAAGGAUGACUCAGGGUGUGCUGAAGAUCAUCUUUUGGUAUGCGGCACGAGGCGAUUCUUGCGCCAUACGCCAGACGAAUACGACAGAACAAGACGACGAGGAGUUUGAUGCUGUCUGGUGUCCAAUGGAUGAAGUAGUUCGGUUGUUGACAUUCCAUGAUGACAAAACGAUCACUGCAAGGGUCAUCGAGGCAGCUCGUGGUGGGGGAAGUGGAUCUAAGGAGUGAGCAUGUGAAAUGAUGCCCGCUGGAGGCAGUCGAGAGCAAUAGAGGUACCUAGUGGCACAGACGGUUCAUUGACCGAUUUUCCAAACAAUGCGUCAAUAUUUGCAUCAUGUGAUCGGUAAUUCCAUCGAUCGACGCCAAGGUUUCCGGUUUCAAUGCCAUUUGCUUCGUCAUCUCGGCUGACUACCAGUCGAGCUCACUCUCUUUAUCCUUACUUUAUCUCUGACAGUCGCGAUGUCCAACCGCCCGAUGACUAGUACGCCUCGAG